AUGCAUAAACCAGCUAUUCUAUACGUGAUACUUACCAUUCUAUGCUGCUUGAGAGCAUUUCAGCUGUAUCUCUCAUCCACACAAGAGCUGAGAUCUGUAGAGGGUCAUUCAUGGCUACCUACCAAAAAAUUAAACUUCACUAGAGAUUCCAACGCUAUUGAUCGUCUCAAAAAUGAUUCUGUUGUGCUCGGUACCGCAUCAGACAACAUGUUUUACUUUGUUCAUGCUACAGACUUACAUUUAUCGAGAUUCCGACCCAAGGGACACACAUACCACUUUUUACAUUUCAUACAAUCCAUCUUGCCUGUUGUCAAACCAGAGUUUGUUGUCGUUACAGGCGAUUUAACGGACGCCAAAGAUAAGAAGAGAAUCACAUCACAGCAAUACAUAGACGAAUGGGAUGUAUAUCAAACAGCCAUCAAGGAAAAAGUAACAGUUGAUUGGUACGACAUGCGAGGAAAUCACGAUUGCUUUGAUUUACCCUCCUGGCAAUCACGGGUGAAUUACUACCGCACACAUGGUCAUAGUGCUGGUCUUAUUGAGCAAGGCAAAGGCGUCUAUUCAUGGCAAGUAAAUCAACCCACAGGCAAAUAUCAGUUUGUUGCCAUUGAUGCAUGUCCCAAGCGCGGGCCAUCUCGACCCUUGAAUUUUUUUGGUUAUCUCACAUCGAAAACCAUGGAUCAGUUGGAGAAUGCUCUGAUAUCAAAGCCUUAUAACCAUACAUUUGUGGCAAGUGUUGCAUAA